UGGAUGGAAGGCUUCACAGGAUCAGCAUCACCGACCCUCUGCCAGUCAUCACAGAGGAUGAGAUGAUGGCUCAGGACAUUGUUGAGUGCAACAGUAACAAAGAGAACAGCGAACAAACCCAGAGCAGAGCCAGACCAGGGCGCAAACCUCCCAACCCAAAGGGCCGCAGGAGGGAAAGCAAAACCUCAUCUCACCAGAGCCGACGUUCUGGCAGUCAGCAGUACACUCAAAGCCACACCAAUUCCUCCCAACACCCUUCUCACCAAAGCCCUCUCCCCGAGCCAACCUUCCGCGUGCUUGACUGCCCGUGUCCUUUAGACACACCUCCCCUACCUGUGGCCUACUACCGUUUCGUAGAGAAGUCAGGGGAGGAGCAGGACUGUGAGGCAGAGUACGACAUGGACGAGGAGGACCUGGCCUGGCUGGAGAUGGUCAACCAGAAGAGAGUAUCUGAUGGCCACGCGUCCGUCUCCCCGGACACCUUUGAGCUGCUGAUCGACCGUCUGGAGAGGGAGUCCAUCCUGGAGUCACGGAGCCAGGCCCUGUCCCAGAGUGCCAUAGACGAGGACGCCUUCUGCUGCGUCUGCCUGGACGACGAGUGUCUCAACAGCAACGUCAUCCUAUUCUGUGACAUCUGCAACCUGGCCGUCCACCAGGAGUGUUACGGUGUUCCCUACAUCCCUGAGGGCCAGUGGCUGUGCCGCUGCUGUCUGCAGUCCCCCUCGCGCCCUGUGGACUGUGUGCUCUGCCCCAAUCGGGGAGGUGCCUUCAAACAGACUAGUGAUGGACGCUGGGCCCAUGUUGUCUGUGCCAUAUGGAUCCCAGAGGUGUGCUUUGCCAACAUGGUAUUCCUGGAGCCAGUGGAGGGGGUGAAGAACAUCCCCUCAGCCCGCUGGAAGCUCACCUGCUACCUGUGCAAGCAGAAAGGCCGGGGCGCGUCCAUCCAGUGCCACAAGGCCAACUGUUACCGGGCCUUCCAUGUCAGCUGUGCCCAGAAGGCUGGCCUCUUCAUGAAGAUUGACCCGGUCCGGGAGACUGGGGUCAACGGAACCACCUUCUCUGUGAAGAAGACUGCCUUCUGUGAGAAUCACUCCCCAGUCGGGUCACGGCGAGAUGGGUCAGGUGAUGAGGCUGUGGAGGGAAGGCUGGUGGGAGGCAGGGGGAACAGGGGUCAAAGGUCAUACACUCAGAGCCCCCCGGCACCGCCCAGUAAAAAGACUCCCAAAGGCCAGAAGAAGAAGAAAGGAAAGAAGAGCCUAGCUGGUCAGACGACCCGUCGCUCUGCUGUGCCUGUGCUGCUGGUGCCUCAAAUCCCCUCUCACAGGCUGAACAAGAUUUGCAUUGGGGUUGCUGUCCAGAGGAAGAACCAGUUCAUGCAGAGGCUUCACAACUACUGGUUGCUGAAACGUCAGUCCCGAAACGGCAUGCCUCUCAUCCGGCGUCUGCACUCGCAUCUGCAGGCUCACAAGACUGCUGAGCAGAGGGAACCAGAUGAGAAGCUUUGUGCGGCGAGGGAGGAGCUACGGUACUGGCAGAAGUUGCGGCAGGACCUGGAGAGAGCCCGGCUUCUGGUGGAACUCGUCCGCAAGAGAGAGAGACUAAAGAGAGAGCAGAUGAAACUUCAACAGGCUGCUCUGGAGCUGAAGUUGACCCCUGUGUUAAUACUGCUGCGUUCCACCCUGGACCAGCUUCAGGAGAAGGACACAGCACAGAUUUUCUCUCAGCCUGUCAAUCUAGCAGAGGUGCCAGACUAUCUGGAGUUCAUCUCCAAGCCCAUGGAUUUAUCCAGCAUGCGUGCCAAACUGGAGGCCCAUGCCUACUGCUCCACAGCCGACCUGGAGGGGGACUUUAACCUCAUGGUGUCCAACUGCCUGAGGUACAACUCCAAGGAGACCGCGUUCCACCGAGCCGCCCUGCACCUACGGGAGGUGGGAGGAGCCGUCCUCCGCCACGCCCACAGACAGGCGCAGAGCAUCGGGUUGGACCCCAGCACGGGCAUGCACCUCCCAGACUCUCCCAACAAGCACGGCUUCUACCAAUGCACCUGGGAGGACGUGGACUCUCUCCUGGAUCCAGACAACAGGCUCCACCUGUCCACAGAGGAGCAGCUGAAGGCCCUGCUGGAGAAGCUGGACAUGGUGGCAUCCAUGCGCUCCAGUGGAGGACGAACCAAACGCAUCCGGCUGCUGCGUAGAGAGAUCAACACGGUCACGCACAAACAACAGUGCUCACAGUCGCACAACGGGAAAGAAGAAGAGGAAGAGGAAGAGGAGGAAGAAAAGGGAAAGAAGGACAAUGUGGAGAACAGUCCUUUAACAUCAGCCUCUACUCCGGGGAAAGAUGCCUCUCCACCAACACUAGAGCCUUCAUGCCCAGCGUCGUCCCCCCUGCAAGGCGAUGCCCCACCUGAGCCACCCGUACCGGGCCUUGUGACCGCAGGACGGAGAUCACCAGGGCGCUCUUACAAACGCCAGAGAUCCUCGCCGAGUGGGGGAAAAGGGCAGAGUGACGAUGAUGCUGAAGUUGAGGAGACAGCGACACCGUGCAAACAGAAGGACGAUUCUCAAAAGUUCUCUCCUUCACAGACUCCCAGUCCCCCCACUAACGCCUGUCCUUUGAUUGGAGUUGGCCGGCGGACAUCUGUUCUGUUCAAGAAAGCUAAAAAUGGAGCGAGACUGGCAAAGAUUAGAGCAGCUCAGUUACAGUAUGUAGGGACCACUGAGGGUAAAACCAAUGGAUUGGACAGUUCCCCCACCAUUACAAAACCUCCCAGUGAGACUGCCCUUUCCACCCCUGCCCCUCCCCCCACUCCCUCCUCACCGUCAUCCCACCGCCUGAGGUCCAGAAGGCCCAGCUCUGACAGCGAGGGAGACAAGCCCCUCCCCCUUGUCAAAGUGGAAGGCUUUACAAAUGGUCUAGGAAAGCACAAAGAUGACUCCUCAGACAUAGCAUCCAAUGACCAAAAACAUAGUGUCCCCCCGCCACCCAAACGCAGCCGUGGUAAACCAGCUCUGGCUAAAGUCCCAGAGAGCCAGAAUGGAGGCUCAGGGGGAAGUAUGCUCUUGCCCUUUGAUAGUGACACCGAGCUCACACCCCUCGACCUGGUCUGGGCUAAGUGUCGUGGAUAUCCAUCAUACCCAGCAAUGGUUGUUGACCCAGACAUGCCUCAGGAAGGGCUUCUUCACAAUGGCAUCCCCAUCCCCGUGCCUCCUGGGGACGUGCUAAAACUGGGGGAGCGGAGGCAGAAGGAGACCGGGGAGAGGCACUACCUUGUGCUGUUCUUCGACACCAAAAGGACCUGGCAAUGGCUGCCACGGGACAAGUUGCUGCAAAUGGGGAUGGAUGACACGGUGGACAAACUGCGCCUGAUGGAGGGCAAGAAGCCCAGCGUCCGCAAGUCUGUACACACGGCAUACGACCGAGCCAUGAUACACCUGAACCACGUUAUCAACCACGUCAAGGGGAACCUCACUUUCAACCCCUCCAAUUUUAUAUGAAGGAUUUUAGUGUCAGUCUGCAAAUCCACUGCAAACUGUCUGGCUAGGACUGCUCAAACCCUCACCAAUAACACAAAUCUUCAGUGAGAAAAUAAAAUUUUCUUCAUUCAUUUACUAGUAGGUGGACAUGGAAUUUGAGUGGUUCAAUAUACAGUUUUCUUAAAUAAUUAACUUUCUUCUCAAAUAAUGUUCCUAUUGGAUUGUCAACAUUGCUGUACACCAUUUUGCUAUGGGGAAACUUAAGUUAACAAUUCUAAUUUAGAAAAUAAAAGCAAAUGGAAUGGACAACAUUAUUGGCAGGAGCUAAUACUUUGUUGGCCAGCCUUUGGCUAAGUUAACUGAAAAAUAAUUAGCUUGCUGCACUGUUCUACUGGCAAUUUGUCCCACUCUUCAGCUGCAGACUGCUCCAAUUCUUCAAUGUUUGAGUGGUGCCGAUCUCUCCAUAGGUUUUUGAUGGGAUUCAGUUCUGGACUUAUCACUGGCCACUCCAGAACAGUUCACUGUUUUAUUCUUGAACCAUUCCUGGCUGCUUUUUGAUGUGUAUUUCAGUUGUUCUGCUGGAAGACCCACAACCUUCAACAGAGACCCAGUUGUUGGACACUGGGUUGAACAUCGUACUCAAACACCUGAUAAUCUCAUGAUUUGAUGAUGUCUUGUACACAUUCAAGGACCCCAGAGGCAGCAAAGCAACCCCAGGGCUUUCUUGUCUCUUUCAGGAGUGGGGUCUUCCUAUGUUUACCAAUGACCAAAUGAAGCAUUCAAAGAAAAGAACACCCUCACUAAAAUCAAACAUGGGGAAGGUUCGAUAAUGCUGUGGGGUUGCUUUGACGCCUCUGGUACGUAGGGCCUUGAAUGUUUGCAAGGUGUUUUGGAGUACGGUGUUCAACUCGGUGUCCAAAAACUGGGUCUCUUUUGAAGGGUGCGGGUCUUCCAGCAGGACAAAAACCCAAACACACAUCAAAAAGCAGCCAGAAAUGGUUCAACAAUAAGCACAGGAAUGUACUGGAGUCCAGAUCUGAAUCCCAUCAAAAACCUAUGGAGAGAUCUGAAAACAGCAGUUGGUGGAAGGCACGACUCAAACAUUACAGAAUUGGAGCAGUCUGCAGCUGAAGAGUGGGCCAAAUUGCCACUAGAAAGGUGCAGCAAGAUCAUUUAUGGUGUUAUUUUGCAGUCAACUUGGCCAAAGGCUGUGCGACCAAGUAUUAGCUUGUAGAUGCCAAUAAUGUUGUCCAUGGUAUUUUGCUUUUAUUUUCAGAAAAAAAAAUGUAAACUGAAGCCCCCCCCUCCCAAAAAAAAUGUAUGGUUCUGAAAUGUUUACAAUCAAAUAACAUUUGGAGACCAACAUUUUCUUUGGUAAUUUCUACUUAUUUUAGAAGACUGAGAAUUCUUUAAGAAAAGUGCAAGGGUGCCAAUAUAUUUGGCUGCAACUACCUAAAUGAGUGAUGAUCUGGUUGACUCUGACCUUUUUUUUAGGGGGAAUGUUAUAAUUUGGGAAAUUGGGGGGAAAUGUGAAAGGAGGAGUUCCUAAAAGAUGGAUUUUAGGAUAUAUAUUUUUUAAGAUAAAAUCUGAUUACUCAUUGUGAUUACUUUUUAGUACUUUACACAACCACUCUGUUGCAAUGAGUCUAGUAAUAAUAUACAUUUUGUUUUAGCCCGAAGUCAAUCAAGACAAAGAAAGUCAUUGUAUAUAUUUUAUCCUCAAAGGGGAUUUGCUUGAUUCAAAGCAUAUUCAGAUUUGUCAUUGAAAUGCCAUGCUUCUUAUACAUUUUUACACAUUGAUGCUAUUUCUGGGUUUAUUUCUUUUAUAUGAAAUGGUGGUGGUGUGCUUGUUGCAGCUAUUUGAUGGAACAGGACUUUUGAAUGUCUAGUCAUGACUUAGGAAAUGGGUCACUGCAACCAUUUCAAUAAGGUCAAUAACUUGGGAUUCCAGUCCGUGGCAAGAUGUGAUUUGCAAACCCUCCAAUGACUUGAAAAGCACAAUGUUAGUUUGAAAUGGUUUGUAGAUUGAGCUCUGAAGCCAUAGGUAUGAAGAAAAAAAAUGAAAAAAACUUGGUUAUGUGCAUAUAUAGAAGCAAUGCAUAUUUGUAUAUAUGUAAAUGUCUGUGUUUAUAAUACACAAAGUAAUUUAAGGAAUGCAAAAAAAAUCUAAAUAUUAGAUUUUAAUUUAUAUUGUGACAAUUGAGUCUGUUAUUUAAAAAAAUAAAUAUUGAAAAAUAUGUAGGAAGCUUUGUAGCUCUUUGUAUCAAUGUUUCCUAGUGGUCAGUUGGCACAAAACCCUGUAGUUGUCUAGGCAUAAGUGCACUAGCCUACUAGACUGUUUAUUAGGUGGCACAAAGGAGUUCUGGAUCUUGUCAUUUGAAUUAUACCUCAAGAUCUAAAAUCUGUCAAACAAUAUUUUCUCAAAUAAAUAUUGUUUAAAA